CAUCAGAAGAUUUGAUCAGCAAAGAUGAAGUUUGAGAACCUGUUGGCUGAGGUUGGGGGGUUUGGAAAAUACCAGAUCAGUAUAAUCGCCCUUUUGGUGAUUCCAAGAGUCACACUGCCGUUUCACUUCUUGUUAAACAACUUCAUUGCUGCCAUCCCAUCUCAUCAUUGUGAUAUCAGCUCUCUGGAUGCUGACGGGAUCCUUGGGAAUCUGAGUCAAGAAGAGAGACUGACUGUCAGUAUUCCUGCAGAGGAAGAUGGGAGUCCUGCUUCUUGUCACAUGUUCUCUUAUCUUCAGUUCCACCUGUUGACAAACUCUUCCAGCAGCACAGAACUUCCAGUAGUGGAGUGUCAGAAUGGAUGGGAGUAUGACAACAGUACGUUUAAAUCAGCCUUGGCCACUGAGUUUGAUUUGGUGUGUGACAGGAAAGGUCUGAAUAAAGCCACAGCCACCAUCUUCUUUCUUGGUGUGAUGUUAGGAGCUGCCAUUUUUGGCUGGCUGAGUGACAGGUUUGGUAGGAAACGAAUGCUGAUGGUGUCUUACCUGAUUACCAUUUUGUUUGGGGUGGCCAGUGCAAUGUCUCAGUCCUUUAUCAUGUUUGCCAUAAUGAGGUUCUUCACUGGAAUGGGCAUUACAGGCAUCAGCAUCAUCUCCAUCGUCCUGUGUGUAGAAUGGGCUGAUAUUGCACACAGGACGAUUGCUGGCGUCAUAAUCAGUUUUGAUUGGUCACUCAGCACUAUGAUAUUGCCUGGCAUUGCUUAUCUUGUCAACGACUGGAGGAGUCUGGUCAUCACAGUAACCGCUCCUCUCGGACUGGCAGUGAUUACGUGGAGAUGGAUCCCAGAGUCAGCACGAUGGCUCAUAGCCAAUGGACGACUGGAAGAGGCCCAUUUUUACCUGAGCAAAUGUGCCUCAGCCAAUAACAGACAACAAAACCUCAGAGAUAUCAAACCAGAGACCCUUGCCAACAUUAUAAUUGCUGAGGGCAAAGGUGACAGGAAGUACUCGUAUCUGGAUCUUGUGAGGUCUCCCAAGAUGAGAAAACUGGCUCUACUUACUGGGAUCACCUGGUUUGGAGUGGCAUUCACUUACUAUGGCAUCAGUUUGAAUAUCAGUGGUUUUGGGCUGAAUUUGUACCUGACCCAGUUUAUUUAUGGGGCCAUAGAGCUGCCAUCAAAAUUGGUGGCCUAUUUGUCUCUUGAUAGGCUGGGCCGCAGGUACAGCCAGGUGGGCACGCUGAUUACAACAGGGGUCUGCAUUGGCAUCACUGUCCUCAUUCCCAGAGAUUUGUGGCUGCCCCGUACAAUCAUUUCUGUGCUGGGUAAAGGAUUCUCUGAGGCCUCCUUCACAUGUGUUUUCCUCUAUACCACUGAACUCUACCCAACUGUGUUACGGCAGAAUGGACUGGGCUAUAGCUCAUUUGUGGGUCGUGUUGGUGUUUCUCUUGCACCUCUUGUAAGCCUCCUGGACGAGGUCUGGCUUCCUCUGCCACAGGUCCUGUUUUGCAUUGUAGCUGUCAGUGCAGGUCUCCUUGCGCUGCUCCUCUCUGAGACCCACAAUGUGCGGCUUCCGGAGACUAUUGAGGACAUUGAGAAAACUAGGAAAAGAUCAGUGUGUUCACAACAUGAAUAUCAGCUUGGAACGGAGCCCUUCAGGCAGACAAAGUGAAUCUAAAUUGUAGAGAAGAUGAAUCUAAUAAAAAUAAAAUUCAUCAUUGAAUUGUCUUG